AUGUUAGGACUUCGUUUGAUUCCAGGAGAAUCAUAUCCUAUUAAAUAUAAAGGCAUUCUCACUAUAAAUCAGGCAACUGAACCCAAAGAUGGAAAGACCUUGCUAAAAGUACAUGCAAAAGGUCAAACAUUUGUCUUGUGCUCUCUUGUCAAAGACCAUGUUGAACGUCAAGUUUUAUCUCAUACCUUUAUAGCGGAAGAUAAUGCCACACUCAUCAUUACUGGAGCAAAUCCCGUGAAUAUUGUUGGAUCGUUAUUGGAAGAUCUUGAAGGAUAUAGCAGUGAUGAUGGAGAGGAAGAUGAGGAGGAAGAAGAAGAAGAAGAGACGAUUUCUGGACAUCCUAGAUAUCCUGCCUAUCUUUCGGAUUUAUUAGGACCUGAUUUACCAGAGGACGAUGACGAGGAUUAUGAAGAUGACGAGGAUGAUGAUGAAGAGCAGGGAGAUAACCAUGGUAGUUUAGCGUUCCGUGAUCCAACCGACAAUGAGUUUUUGGGUGGGUUUGAAUUAAGUCAUUUCCAGCUGGUGCCUUCUAUACCAGGAUAUGAUGAUAUUGACUUGAGACAAGACGAACAAGAUAUGAAUGAAACAUUUUUAAAAUUAACAACUUCAACCUGUAGUGACAAUAUCGCAACAGGCUUAGUAAAUGCACUACUAAACAGUGGUGACAAGUCGCAGAUUAAAAAAGGAAAGGCACUCUUAAAAAAAUUAAAGAAGCAAUGUGAGGAAAGAGAAUAA